GCGGACGCAUUUUACAAAUGUUGGUAACCGGUCGUCUUUGUUGUUUUCGAAAAGUUGUUUACAUUAUAGAGUUGUUUACUAUAAUUAAAUUUUACGCGAAAAAAUAAUUCUUUUCAGUGAGCAUUUAUAUUUGAUGUUUUAAGAACGGAAUAUCAUUAAAAAUAUAAUAAUUUUAGGAGGUACUCUCAAAAUCCUAAUUUAGUAGGAUUUUGCAGUAGUUUAGUUUGCGCUAAAUUCGAUAUUAAUUUUUGUUGUGAUUUGUGUUUAUUGGAUAUUCAUAAGAUUUUUGGUAACCGACGUCUUGAUAUAAUAGAAAAAUGGAGGCGACAGAACACGUGCAGUUGACAACAACGUAACAGAUUUAAUAAAUAUAGUUAUAAAAAAAACUAACCAGUUCCGACAGUCUGUGAUUAAAUACAAUACGUAUGAAUACGAUCUCUAUAAUAUAUAAUAAAUAAAUAAAAAACAAUAAAAACCAAAACGCUCAGCAUACGUACAUAAUUCUAUAAAAAAUAUAGUAUAAGAAUAAAACAAAAUGCCGGCUAUAUUGACGAAGAUAAGGGAGCAAGCGUUUAGAGUUCAGCCCACUAUAGCUGUGGGGGUUGGUGUGGGCGUCGCGUUAGCGGCAUGUGCGGUCUACGGAACCAGGGAGAAGAAACAGACACCACCGUGCAAUAAUAAUAAUAAUUACAAGAUCGCAAAGAACGGUCAGCUUCAACCGGUGGAGAGUGGUGGAACACAGACGUGUGGAGGGCGCUGUGGGGCCGAGCAGUGCGCUCUGUGCAGAGGGGAUGCGGAUACAGAUAACAAGCAAAACAUUGAAGAUGCUGAUGAAACACAAUCAGUCGAGGAGCACGUACCAGGUCUCAAUUUGGAAUUCCUCAGACAGCUGGUCAGCCUCGCGAAGAUCAUGGUUCCAGGGUUCCGCAGCCAUGAAGUUGCACUGCUGGCCGCUCAUACAGUCUGCCUCUUCUCUAGGACCUUCCUGUCGAUAUAUGUAGCUUCCUUGGAAGGUUCUAUCGUGAAACACAUAGUCCAAAAGGACUUACGCGCGUUCUCCGCUCUCCUCAUACAAUGGUUUGGUAUCGCGAUACCAGCGACCUUCAUCAACUCCAUGAUUCGUUACCUGGAGAGUAGACUGGCACUCGCCUUCAGGACUCGUCUCGUGAAUCACGCCUACGAGCUCUACUUCAAGAACCAGACCUACUACAGAGUGGCCAAUCUUGAUGCCAGAAUAGAAAAUGCGGAUCAUAGGUUAACAGAAGACGUAUCAGUGUUUACACAAUCAGUUGCCCACUUAUAUAGUUCGCUGACGAAGCCCUGCUUCGAUCUGCUCCUCAUUGUGCUGACUCUCGCCAGUUACUCCAGCAAAAUGAAGGGAAAUAUUUUCUUAGGUCCCGGUAUGUCAACGGUGGUCAUCUGCCUUACCGGUCAGCUAUUGCGUCUGCUCAGUCCAAGGUUCGGAGCCCUGGCUGGUGAGGAGGCGAGGAUGAAGGCUAACCUGAGACACGUCCAUUCGCGACUUAUUGCUCAUGCUGAAGAAGUCGCAUUUUAUGGUGGACAUAAGGUGGAACUCGGACAGCUGCAGUCGGCAUAUAAAGAACUGGUGACUCAGAUGACGUCAGUCUUCAACAAGAAGCUAUGGUACGUGAUGUUGGAGCAGUUCUGCAUGAAGUACGUGUGGUCCGGCACCGGCAUGGUGAUGCUGGCGUUACCCAUCCUCACUGGAACCAGGAUUGAUGGCUCAGCGGGAGAAGGUAUCAGUGCGAGAACAGAAUAUAUGACGACGUCUCGGAACCUACUCAAUUCAGCCGCCGACGCCAUCGAGAGGCUGAUGUCCAGCUACAAGGAGGUGGUGACGCUGGCGGGCUACGCCACGCGCGUGUCGGACAUGCUGGUGGUGUUCGGCGAGGUGGCGCGCGGGCGCUGCGUGCGCGCCGUGCACUCCGCGCCCGCGCCCGCCGACGGGUUCGCCGUCACCUUCCGCGACAACCAGCCCGUGCCCAUGGGCAAAGUGACUUACACGACGGACUUGUCGAUUCGGUUGCUGAACGUGCCCAUCGUGACGCCGGCGUGCGACGUGGUCGCCAGCGGAGUGUCGCUGGAGUUGAAGCCCGGCACGCACCUGCUCAUCGUGGGACCCAACGGCUGCGGGAAGUCCAGCUUGUUCCGCAUAAUCUCGGGGCUGUGGCCCGUGUUCGGCGGCUCGCUGAGCGUGCCGCGCCCGUGCGAGUGCGCGCACUGCGCCGGCGAGCUGGCGGCGCCGCCCUGCGCCGCGCGCCCCGUCAUGUUCUACAUCCCGCAGAGGCCGUACAUGUCGAUGGGCUCGCUGAUCGACCAGAUCACGUACCCGUCGCGCGUGGCGCCGCAGGACGCGGCGGGCGAGGCGCGCGCGGCGCACAUCCUGCGCGUCGUGCGGCUGGACGCGUGCGCCGCGCGCCACGGCGGCCUGCGCGCCGUGCGCGACUGGCGCAGCACGCUGUCCGGCGGGGAGAAGCAGCGCGUCGCCUGCGCGCGCAUGUUCUACCACCGGCCGGUGUACGCGCUGCUGGACGAGUGCACGAGCGCCGUGUCGAUGGAGACGGAGGUGGUCAUGUACGAGGAGGCCAUAAAGGAGGGCAUCACAUUGCUGUCCAUUACGCAUCGACCCAGUGUCUGGCGAUACCACACGCACGUACUAGAGUUCGACGGGGCGGGGAGCUGGUCGUUCAGGGCCCUAGACAAGGAAAUGUCAGCUAUUACACCAGCAUUACCGAGGAUCACCGAAACCACCACGAACACAGACAACGAAAAGGAACAAACAAUUGAGUGACGGUGACAUGCAACCCGAAUGGUAAAUGACGUCACCAAUAUUACGUCAUCGAUGCUACAGAUAAUUAAUGACUGUUUAUCGUUAUUAUUAACGAUGAUAUUAAUGUUUUGUGAGAAAUUCGUUUGAAGGUGAGCUUCGCGCUAUCGUGAAUAAAACGUCGAUCGAUGAUGUGAUCUUCGAAAUAGAACGCCAAGUGUUUAAACAUGGGAAAUAUAAUAAUGAUUGAUGUUUUAUAUUUUGUAUUGAAAUGAUAAACAAAUGUCUCCUUGUGAAAUAAUUCAACGUUACAUAAAAACGUUGCACUAAUCGUUUAAUUAUAUUCAAUUAAUAUAUUCGACCAACUGUUAUUUCAAAUGCUAUGGACGUAAUAUAUUAUAAGAGAACUGAUAUUACAUUGUAUAAAUUCGUAUAACUAUUUAAUAAGUUUAAAUAUAUUAAUUAUUUACUACAAAUGUACCGAUAUCAUAAAAAAAAUAUGUCAACGAACGUGAUUUAGUGGCUCAUGAUUAUUAACUGUCUACAUUAAAAACUUUUUAAACUUUUUUAUUAAUUAUCAAUCAAUUGAAAGUACCAUAGAAAGAGAAUAACUACUAAUAAUAAUAAAUGUUUACAAUUUUAUUAUAUUUUAAUCCUCUAGGAGUAAAUUUAAGCCACGAUGUCACCAGUACGGCAAAUUAUAUGUUUCGUUUCCUUUUGUACUAUUUUUCAAGUGCAAUCUAAAAUAAUAUAUUAAUAAUGUAUAUAACACUCUUUAUGAUAUAUCGCUGAUAUAUCAUAAACUGUAAACUCAGUAAACUCAUUCGGAGUCCAAAUUCUGUUUUUUAUAUUAUUCACAUUUAUUGUUUACAUUCUAAGAUUAAAUUAAUGAACUUGAUUGGAAUGAACCCAUUUAUUGGAACGUGUAGAUCGAAACAGAUUAAUUUUAGAUUGAAAUUGUGCCGCAUGUGUGUACUCUAAUCCUUGAAUGCUUUUAUCUAUAAUAUCUCCUUUUUAAAAACAAAUUAUUAUAAAGGGGUUCGCAAAUUUCCCUUCAUAUUAACAGGUUCAAAUUCACCAAUUUAUGAUUAAAAUUUAAAGCCGCCGCCAGCAACGCACCUGCAAGCCCUCGGAUGUUGCAAGUGUCCAUGGGCGGUGGUAGUCCCUUUACAUCAGAUGAGCCUCUGUUUGCCCCCAUCCUCUUACAUAAAAAUGGUUAAAUAAAAAUGUAUAUAUGCAAAAUUAAAGUUCAACCGAACACAAACAGACAAUGAGACAGUUGCAUAUAUAUAUAUAUACUUGUAACAUAUAUAUACUUGUGCUACAGCUGAGGUCCAUUUAAUCGGGAUCUUACUGUUUAUCAAUUUAUAAAUUGUAUAUUUCAAUGAUAAUAAAGUUUAAAAGAACAUUUGUAAUGUAAGUUGAAAUGUCUAUGAGCUGCUGUUCUAUAAUAUUAUCCAAUGGCAAAAGGCGUAAAGAUAAAAAAACUUUAAUUUACAUAUUCCAUGCGUUACUGUAUUACGCACUACAAAAAUUCUUGAUUCUCUUAAUUUAUAAUGCAACAUUAUACCACUUAACUAUUUAUAUCAAUUUAAAUUUUACUUCCAAAGUUUUGAUAGAAAUUCGACUGACAUUCAAAUCGCCAUUUUUUCACGAAUCCAUAACAAAUACCACAGAUUAUCCAGAUACGAAUGAUGUCAUGUCAUUUCAAGGUCGACUCUGUUUAUUUGUCUUUACUUCUCUUGCGAUUGCAAUAUUUAUAUAUAAUAUUUAAUCAUGUUUCUAUUAUAAAGUGAGAUAUAUUCAAAGUUAAAUAAUCCGAUCCAAAUGUUAUUCCUAAGUAUUGAUAAAAUUUAAGCCAUUUUCAAAUUAGAAUUUUAGAUUAUAUAUGUAGUUUCUAUAUACCAGUAAUUGAUAUAUAUUUUUACACUUUCCUUUAUUUAAUUAUACAAUUAUAAUUGUAAUGUGAAAUUUCGUUUAGAUUUUUUUAUUUAAAAUAAUUUUAGACCACGAAAGGUUUUUGAAUUAUGGUAAAAACUUAUUUUUUUAUACUGGCAAAUUGAUAUAAUUGUCAGGUUGUUUAAUUUUUGAGUGCUUUUUAUAAAUCGGUGAUUAAAAAGUAUGAAAACAAAAAAAGCACUAUAUUUUAUUUUAAUAGCAUUCUUGUUCGAGAUUAUCAAAGAUGGCUGUUUUGAAUUUUUUUCUUGCUUUUAUAUAUUAUCUUUUGUCUAAGAUAUACAUAUCAAUGUAUUGUUUCAUAUUUAUUUUAUGGUAAUUUAAGUAAUGUUAAUAUUGUAUAGUGUAAAAUAUUGUAGUUCUAGGGCACAGUGAUGUUAGAUGUUAAAUAAAGGGGUUUUGUAUAAAUCA